AUGGCGGGAGCUUACAACGAAACCUCUUCGAAGGAAAUGACGUCUAGCGCCCGGAAACUGGACCGGGCACUCGCGGUUCGCGAUGGCCGCCGGUGGUUGUGUUCGGCGUCUGUGAGCUCCCAGAACAGGUGGGAUUGUGAACAGUCUGUGCUCGUGAAACCCUGUGAUUACCCGCUCCUGGCGACGGCGAUCGUGGAGAUCCGCGCGUGGGAUACCUUGUUGUCAGGUCCUUCGGGAGGUGACGGUCUUCUGUGUCUACCGGGAGAAUUGACAAAAGAGGUGACAGGUGGCAUGAAUGAUCCCGAGCCGGAGCACUGAAGCACUGCCGGGUACUUGCAAAG